AUGUUGAGCCCCGGCAUUUCGGUCAAGAAGCGCCACGGCGGUGCCGGGUUCGCGCUCGGGUGUGGCUGCAAGGACGCCAAGAGCGUGUCGGUGGUCCCCGCGUCGGUGUCUGCGUCGCCCUCGCCGUCCGGCGCGGGUACAUCGACCACAACCGAGACGCGGCGCAGGGGCGGGAGGGCCAACCCGUCGGCGUCGAUGACGACGGACACUCUGACCUCUGCCUCGUCGUCGUCCUUGCUAUGGGAGGACGCCGUGGCGGAGUUCGAAUGCGGCGACGACGGCCACUUCAAGAUGGAGGGAUCGGCAGCCACGCAGAGCUUCUCCGGCUUGCUGCGCGAGCUCAACGAGCUGGAGCAGAGCGUCGUGUCGUGGGGCCGGAAGAGCCACCGCAACCGCGACAAGAAAGCCUCGACACCGCCACCGGAGCACAAGAAGGCGACCAUGAAAAGUGGCGUCAAGGGCGGCGACGUCACGACGGGCGGCGCUAAGGAUCGCCGCGUCGGUGACAGCGUCGAACCGGGGACUGUUGACGCCUGCGUGGAAGUUGGGCUCGACGGCAGCGUGGCAGUGGUGAAGCAGUCCGAGGACCCGCUGAGCGACUUCCGGCAGUCGAUGGUGCAGAUGAUCGUGGAGAACGGGAUCAUCGCCGGGGAGGAGUUGCGCCAGAUGCUCCGCCGCUUCCUCACCCUCAACGCGCCGCACCACCACGACGUCAUCCUCCGCGCCUUCGCGGAGAUCUGGGACGCCGUGUACGCGGCCUCCUACGUGCCCGUCCCCGCCACCGCCCCGCCCAGCAAGCACACCCGCCGCGAGGAGCCCGCCGACGGAAGGCCGCCCAUGCCGAGGACCCCUCCGCGCCACCACCACUCGCCAUCGCCAUCAGCAUGGCGCGUGUAG